AUGAGCAUGUAGAGAAAUCUAUCCGACAUGAACUAUGAAAAAAACAAAAAGAAAGACUUCUCGCUGGCAAAUAUGAACCUGAAUUAGUCUUAGACUAAAGAUAUAAUAAAGAUUAUUGUGAGAUUAUAGUCAUUUAUUAGGGGAUCAUUGGCAAGGAAAAAGGUGAGAUAGAGAUAUGGUUUUAGUUUCAGACCAAAGAUGCCCGGCGAUAACUAAGGGUAUUACUCUCAAUACCCUGACUAUGAUAAUCCUCUAGUAUAGUCUAUCAAGGAGAGAUUAGGUCCCUACAAUUUUAACCCAUUGCCAAAAAAUAAUGACAAUGUAAAGAGGGAAUAUAGAAAAAUGUAGGUGCUUGAGAAUGGAGCAAAGUAUGAAGGUGAAUGGGAUGUAAAAGAAGAUGUGAGAGAUGGAAAGGGUAUUCAGAUAUGGUCAGAUGGAUCUACAUAUGAGGGCUAUUGGAAGAAUAACAAAGCAAAUGGUAAAGGCAGGCUUAUUCAUGCUGAUGGGGAUGUUUACGAGGGAGAAUGGAAAGAUGAUAAAGCUCAUGGUGUAGGCAAAUAUUAUCAUACUGAUGGGGCUAGAUACGAGGGUUAGUGGAAAGAAGACAAAUAACAUGGAAAAGGCACUGAAACUUGGCCUGAUGGAGCUAGCUAUACUGGAGAUUACAUUGAUGGUAAAAAGGAUGGCAUAGGUAAAUUCCACUGGGCUGAUGGAUCAACUUAUGAGGGUUAAUUUUUAGAUAAUAACAUUCAUGGUAAGGGCCUUUACGUUUGGUCUGAUAAGAGAUAGUACGAAGGUGACUGGGUUAACAAUAAGAUGCAUGGCACUGGGCUAUUUAGUUGGUCUGAUGGCAGGCAGUACAAUGGUGAGUACCUUGAUGACAAGAAGGAGGGUUAUGGAGCAUUUCACUGGCCUGAUGGCAGGAGAUACGAAGGCAACUGGCACAAUGGAAAGUAGCACGGCUAGGGGAUGUAUUACAAUAUCAAAGGUGAGGGUAAAAAAGGAGAAUGGAAGGAAGGGAAAAGAGUUCGAUGGAUUUAAAACAACGAGAUUAAAAGCUGA